GGCGACGUGUAACGACGACGACGACGACGACAACGACGACUGUUCUAUCGCUAUAGCUAGCUAAACGACAUGGAUGAGGGAAAGAUGAAGAGGCGGAAGCCGUUUUUGAAGAGGACCAGGACUGGUUGCUUUCAAUGUCGUCAGAGAAGGAAGAAGUGCGAUCAGGUAAAGCCGUCAUGUACGAGUUGUGCGGAGCGAGGAUGGACGUGUGAAUAUCCUGUGCAGAAGGACGGGCCGACGAGAGAAAACACUCCAUGUGAUCCGCUGACCCCACGAAGGCAAUCAGUUGACGGUCUUGCGUCCGCUUUUGUUGGCGGUGUUCCAGCAGCUGCCGAACAACCUUGUGCAGCGCUGGUAGCGCACAACACAUUUCCAACCAGUUCGCCGAUAAACCCGAUGGCCCAACCAUUUUACAAUAUGCUUUCAUACUCAGCGCUGCCAUCGGUGCCUGGCGCACACCUUAACUCCGUCUCCUCGCAAUCUCUUAUCCAGUACUUUCUCAAUAGCGCAAGCACGCUCUUGGCAUUCAGUUCUGGAAGCGACAACCCCUUCCACAAGUACUUUCUUCCAAUGUUGUUUUCGUCACAUCAUGAAGGUGCGAUGGAGAGAGCAUUAUAUGCGUUCGCCUCCAAGCACCGCCAACAAUUGCUGCCCGAGCUGGCCUUGGCGCAUGAGGAAGGUGCGGGGUGGUUGACCUGGCAAACCAAGGCCGUCGAAGGGUUGAUGGAGGAGAUCAGACAAGCAGGUGUGGGCGGAACAUCAGAAGAACGAACCCUGAGUACGAUCUUGUUGUUGGUGUAUACGGAGAUCGCAGACGGAGGCGGUGGAGCGGCGACACUUGCGCAUCUGAAGGGUGCGUUUUCGAUUAUCCGGAAUUCGCCGCCGAGUUUUGGGAAUUGGAGGUUUUUGAAGAAGAUAUUUUGGUAUUUUGAUAUUGUUGCGGCGUUGUGUAUGGGGACAUGUCCGUUGUCUGAUGCUAUGUAUGCGCAGACUGCGUCGCAACUCGUAUCAAAGGGUGAGGCGGUGGAUGAUGUUUUCGGUUUGUCUGGCUCGCUGUGGCCGAUUAUUGCGAAACUGUGUCGAGUUGCGGCGGCUGCGAGUGGUCAAGCUAUAAAUUGGGGAUCACCGACGGUGAAGCAUGAGGAGGAUCCGAUGAUUGCUGCGGCGCAGGGUCGGGCGUAUUGGUUGUCUGAGGCGGAACAGUUGGAGCAAGACUUCCUCAAUUGGCAGGCGCCGGGGAGUAAUACGGCGGAUCCGGAGUGGCAUUCGGUGGUACAGGCGGCUGAGGCGUGGAGGUAUGCGGCGUUGAUUUAUCUGUAUCGGAGGUUGUACAAUUUGCCUGCGUGUCAUAUGUCGGUACAGGGGUGCGUGACGCCGGCGCUGAAUUGCUUGUCGAAGAUUUGUACGUUUGGUGGACGGAUGGCGGCGUUGUUGUGGCCUGUUGUCGUGGUGGCGUGUGAAUGUGUCACGCAAUCUGAUCGGGCGUUGGCGAUGGUCGUGUUGGAUCGUGUUGGUAGGGUACAGGGAAUGGGGAAUGUUGUCAAGGCGAAGGAUGUGGUGAGGAGAGCGUGGGAUAGGGGCGAGGCGCCGUAUAACGUGGAUGUGAGUGUGAUUUUGGGAUAAGCUGUAGGAUUGGCGCUUUUGGACAUUAUGUAAUAGUGGUAUUUUUGGUGGUAUGUCAGAGUUUGGUGAACAGUCGCCGGUAUUCUUAGAAUCUCAGUUUUUGGUCGGUUGAUCCGCUGUGAUGAGCUCAAUUGGAAGAGCGAGGUGUUUAUAUACGAGAUGUCG